UGGAAGGUUUCCCGAUCGCACAUGAUGGCUCGCUUACUAUCGUGGCCGACAGAUGUACAUCCGUUGAUAACAAAGUGGGGAACGACAAUAUGCGCAACCCUGGGUGCUAGCAUCCUAUUGGCAUAUCUGGCCCGAAGAAACAGAUUAACGUCAUGCCGGGCCACAAUCCAAGACGAUCCGUUGGUCGCGAAACACACGAAAUGGCAUUACGUGCGAGGAAAGGAGCUCCGAGUCGUGUUUAUGGAACAUAAGCUUGGCCGCGAAUUACCACUGAUCGUCUUCAUUCACGGCAUGGGAGCCCAGUUAGGGCAGUGGAGCGAACAGGUUGCGCACUUUUCCCAUAUCUCCAACGUUCUGGCUGUCGACCUUGUCGGGCAUGGCAAGAGUGAAAAGGUGACCGCUGAGGAAGCCUACACGAUAGAAUCGAUUACAAAAGAUCUCGUGGAACUUUUAGACAUAUACAAGUAUAAGGCGGAUUCCUUCAUUCUAGUGUGCCACUCCUACGGCUGCAAUAUUGCCACUUAUCUCUACCCGCAAUUUGAAGAUAUGAUCAAGGCGAUUGUGUUCCUCUGCCCCAAAGCCACUCCCACCUUGAGCGACCUCGAGAAGCUGAAAACAUUUAUCGCAACUCCUACCCCAUUGAUCGAUUUACUACGGUAUCUGGAUCGAAGAGGGGGCGUGUAUUCCCGAUCUGUGAAUCGGCUAGUCGGGCAGUCAGCUUCGAUGGAACUCCGGAAAAGACAGCUGGAGUGGAAUAGGCAGCACUCGACAUUCAUUGCAAAGCGCGUUUUCAAAGGGGCAAAAUGGGCAUCAUCCGAUGUUUAUGCGACCAUAAAGUGUCCUGUGCUACUGAUAGGGGGGGAAGAAGAUCUAGUUUGUCCGGUUAAGGAGAACCUUGAACUCAUUCAUACGUGGCUUCCAUCGUCCGCCAACGUUGCUGAGCCAUUUGUGAUUCCCAACGCCGCCCAUCAGGCCAUGUUGGAGCAACCGGAUGUUGUAAAUGCCAUCAUAUACAACUGGCUUAUGGAAUGCAAUUUCGCAAAGAUGAAUCUAAGCUACCAGCUCCAGUUGAAGAAUCCCUCGAAAUCGAAGUGGAGCUUGAAGAACUAUGCAAAAUGGCAGAAAGUCGCCCCUGUGGCGGAAAUUCCUGUGAGAACAUCGUUAUUUCGCCCAAUGAAGACCAUGAAACAGGAUGACGCAGUACAUACACCAAAAGAAUUCAUGCGACGGCAUCCUGAUAUUGGUUUGAUAGUUGACAUAUCCCGGGAGGCACCACCAUAUGCUCCAGAAGCAUUUGAAGGGUCCACUUGUCGGUACCAAAAGUUGGCAACAACCUCAAAAAUCCCCCCAACCCGAGAAGAAGUAGCGCGGUUCAAUGACAUUGUUGCAGAGUUUUGGCGAGAGAAUCCCGACAGACAUGUAGGGGUUCACUGUCAUUAUGGGUUCAACAGGACCGGAUUCAUGAUCUGCUCUUAUCUCAUUGAACGUACUGGUGCAACCGUUGCCCAAGCAUUACAGUACUUUGCAGAAGCGCGCCCUCCAGGCAUUCGACAUAUUCAUUUCAAGGAUGAGCUCUACAUGCGGCAUGCGGCUCAUGGAAUGCGGUCUCCAAAUAAGAAUGGAAAAGCGACAGGGAAAUGUUUUUCAUAGCCAAUAGUUUUGUCUUUAUAUUUUGGCUUUCCGUAUUUUUGGAUACGGAUUUAUAUUUUUACUUUUUGGUAAAUGGUUAUAAUCAUAUUGUUUUAUUUUUUCUUUUGGUCAAUA